AAUGUCUGCUCGUGAUCUCAGUAACCCUCGACAGUCCCAACGAUGUUUAGAUGCCCGAUGUUGUCAAUGCUCAUGUUUUAUGCACAUGGUUUCGUCAUGAUCUUGAAUUGUGCAUGCUUUUUCCCUGUUAAUUCUUCUAUUACAAGCUAUAAAUAUGUUCCAAACCUGCGAGGAAGAGAAGACGAGGUGAGCGAGAUGGGAGACUUUGGGAGGAAUAGUGGUGCGGUGAGACAGUACACAAGAUCUAAGGUUCCUCGGUUGAGAUGGACUCCUGACCUGCACCACUGCUUCGUUAACGCCAUUGAAAGGCUUGGAGGCCAAGAGAAGGCCACACCGAAGCUCGUGCUUCAGAUGAUGGAUGUCAGAGGUUUGACUAUAUCACAUGUGAAGAGUCAUCUCCAGAUGUAUAGAAGCUUGAGGAAUGACAUGGGCAGGCAAGAAUUGCAAGCGAGAAAGCACCUGUGCUUUGACAAUGAUGGCAACGGUGAUGAGCGAAGUGAUGAUGCUUCAUGCACCGACUCAAAGCCCACUACGGAGUUCCAGUCUCGGUUCCUGUACGCUACUCUCCCUCCUGUGAAAAGACAAUGUAGCCAAGGCGUGGUGGAGAGAGUCACCUCCUGGUCCUGCUAUGACACUUGCAUGCAAGCCUUGGGUGUCGAGGGUGGAGCACAGGAGCAAGGCCUCUGGUGGCAGAAAGAUGCUGCUCCCACCAAGGCCUUUCAUCAUCCAGCUCCCAAGCUCAAAGUUCCAGGAUCUAACAGACAAUGCAACCAAGGCGUGGUGGAGAGAGUCACCUCCUGGUCCUGCUAUGACACUUGCAUGCGAGCCUUGGGUAGCGAGGGCGGAGCACAGGAGGAAGGCCUCUGGUGGCAUAAAGAUGCUGUUCCCGCCAUGGCCUUUCAUCAUCCAGCUCCCAAGCUCAAAGUUCCAGGAUCUAGGGCAGAAGAACCCAUCCCUUUUCAGGCCAACAUUCUAAAUCACAAGCAGCAUUGCCAAAAGAGCUUCAAAGAUGGAUUCUACAAGUGCCCAGCAAUCAACGAGGAGACAUUGGAAGGUGAAGAACCCCACGACUGUUCGUUGUCGCUGUCCUUAUCGUUGUAUUCCACUCCAAGGAGCGCCGUGGCGAGCAAAGCAAGUCUUGGCUUCUUUUCUUCCUCAGGUAGAAGCAUUACUGAAUGCUCAGGUUGCUAUGAUGGUGGCCAGAGAGUUAAUUUGGAUCUCUCCAUGUCUAUCUGCGGCUCUUAAAGAGAGCUACUUGUAGAUCUGUAUCUUCACCUCAGGCUCAUCCUGUUGUUUGUGCCAUUGCGAGACAAUGGUUGUAUUGGAACACAUAGAUGGAUUAAUUGGAGCUACUGAGCUAUUAGAACAGCAUACUUGCCAAAAAGCUACUGCUGUGAAUGGUGGCUG